UACUUCUAUUAAAAAUCGGGAUUUUAAAUUUCUUCUUAUAUUAAUUCAAAGUUUGAUUUAUUCUCUUUCUAGUUUAAAUUUCAAAAUGAGUUUAUUUUGAGAUAUCUCCCAAAAAUUAUCUUAAUUGGUUGAAUGAUCACAUAUGAUGGGGUUCUUCCCAAAGAAAACUUUUCUUCAAAUAAAUCAUGACUAUUAUAUGACUCAUUACUGAUACCAACAGGAGAUUCCAACACAGUUAUAAAGAUAUUUUCUCGAAAUAUUAAAAUAUGUUAAUGCUUGAGUUGAGGAACUAAUGAUAAUAUUUACUACAUAUAUAAAUUUUUUUGAAAUUCGUUGAUCAAAUUGAAAUUUAUGACCUUUGUGGUAUGGGGAUUGAUAACCUGGAUCAAGUGCAUUUAUGGACAGUCAGUGAUGUCAGUCAGUGGCUGGAAGAAAAUGGAUUUUCUGAAUAUAUCACUUUGUUUUCAGCCACUCAUCGCAUUGAUGGUAAAGCUCUACUUACUUUGUCAGAAAAUGAUUUGAAGUCUCCUCCUUUAUCCAUGAGGGUUUUAGGUGAUAUCAAGCGUUUAGCAAUUUGCUUGCAUGAAUUGCAGAUGCUAAAUCCUGUAGUUCUUCCUCAUUGGAGACCGUCGGGUGAUGAUAUUAGCUCCCAUCGCAACUGUCACAAUGGUACAAAACUACGCAGGCGAAGACAUAGACGAGAAGCUAGUGACUCAUCCGAUUUAAAUACGAUUGCCAGUGAGUUUAGUGAGGAUGAAGGAGAAUAUUCUGGUUCGCAUAGACAGUUGAAACCUGAAGUGUGGAAAACAGCUGUUGGACUAGUGUAUUUUUUCUCUGUCACAUGGCUAACGGCCAUUGUAAUGGUGAUAGUUCAUGAUAGAGUUCCUGAUAUGCAAACUUACCCUCCACUUCCUGAUAUAUUCCUAGACAACAUUCCAUAUAUGCCUUGGGCGUUUAGUAUGUGUGAAUUAACAGGAAUCAUACUCUUCCUCAUUUGGAUGGCAAUCCUUUUCUUCCACAAACACAGGUUCAUUCUUUUAAGAAGAAUGUUUUCACUUUUUGGCUCAGUAUUUUUAUUACGUUGUAUUACAAUGAUUAUAACAUCCCUCUCUGUGCCUGGAAAGCACUUAGAAUGCAAAGCAAGGCAUUUUGGUGAAUGGAGUGAAAAAAUUCGCACAGCUUUCCUCAUUUGGCUUGGUGGAGGAAUGUCAAUCCAAGGAGUUAGAACUUGUGGUGAUUAUAUGUUUAGCGGUCAUACUGUUGCGUUGACUCUACUUAAUUUUUUUAUCACUGAAUAUACUCCUAGAAGCAUGUAUUAUCUUCAUACAUUUACUUGGGUUUUAAACAUAUUUGGUGUGUUUUUUAUAUUGGCGGGCCAUGAACAUUACUCAAUUGAUAUUUUCAUUGCCUUUUACAUCUCAACACGACUUUUCCUAUACUAUCAUGCACUUGCAAACAACAGGGCUUUCGUUCGAGAUGAUCGUAGACGAACAAGAAUUUGGUUCCCACUCUUCUACUUUUUUGAAUCUGGUGUUGAAGGACCAGUGCCAAAUGAAUAUGAAUGGCCUUUAAGCAUUCCUGAAAAAUUUCAAAGAGUGAUUUCACAAUUAUUUGUUUGACACAUGUGGGAUUUUUUUGUUAUUAUUACUAUUGUUGUUGUGAUUAUUUAUUAUUCUUUUUUUAAACAAUAAUUAUUUCUUUUACCCAAACAAAAGUGAACAUUAAAAGUUUUGAGGUAUUUUUUUUAUUACCUGAUUGAAAUAAUUAUUUGAACAAAUGUUAAUUAAAAUAAUUGUUAGUUUUACAAUUCAUUCAAGCAUUAUAGUUCAUGAUAAUUUAACAUUUAGAUUUUUAUCUGUGCAAUAGAUAUUAUCCAUUUAGCUAGAAUUAGAUCCAGUUUAUAAAAAAUAUGUGUGUUUUUAAAAUUCUAAAAAUCUACUGCACUCUGCCUUUUAAACUUACUGUAAACAGAUAUAUAUUUGCCUAAUAAUAUUCUGCCAAAUUUUAUUGACAUUUCUAUUUUUAAAUAAAAUCUUGAUAUUACAUGCUCAUGAAAGGGAUUAGCCUUCAUUAACUUAACAAUACUCGUCACAAAUGUACUAUUUAAAUGUGAUAAGAAUAGUAUAUUGUACAUAGAUUUAGAUGUAUUGUAUGAAAUUAUUUAUUCUUGGUAAGUUGUAUAAUUUUUAAAAUUAAAGCUUCACUAACUUUUGCACAAAUCGUUGCUCAUUUAUUUUAAAAUAUGUAUAAAGAGUCUAUUCUUAUUUUCUGGUUGCAAUUUAAUGUUUCUAUUUGUAGAGGAUAUUUGACUAUUUUUUACUAGUUUAUAAUCUGUUGAUGUUUAAAUUAUACCUACUUUUAAAUUCUUUGAAGAAUAAUGGCAAUAAAAACUACUGCUAUUUAUCUUUUAACAUGUUCCUGGACUCUUAGAUUUGUCCCAGCAGUUAGAGGCAUAUGCCUUUUUGUCCAUGUACAUGUUAAAUAUUUUUUUUAAUUUAGUACAUUUCCAUGUUGCAUAUAUAUGAAAUAAAUUGUAUAUUUGAAUUAUGUAUAUUUGAGAAAAUAAGACUUUUGAGUUAAAUAUUAAAAAAUGUUUUAUCCUACCAUUGUUUUAAGCACUAUUAUAUUUAUAAGCUUGUAUUAUGUCUCCAGUUGUCUUGCAUUGAUAAAAAUUUAAAUAAUGUAAAAAUAAAGUAUUAAAACUAAUUUAAAAAUGAUUAAAUUAAAACUAAUUUGUAAAUGAAUUAAUAAUUUGUAAAUGAAAUUAAAACUAAUUUGUAAAUGAAAUUAGAAAAUAUAACUUGAACAACGUUCAGAUUUUAUGGAAAUGAAAAGAACAAUUGUUUAAUUACUUAUUCUUUAAAUGUACAAGUCGUUUUAGAUGGUGCAAUUAAAGCUACUUAUAUUUAUCAAUAUUAGAUGAUCUUCUUGUAAUAUCUUGUUGCAUGUUUGCUAUUUUUUAUUUUAUUUUUACAAAUUUUUUUUUUCAUUUGUUUAUUAGAUUAAUAAAAAUGGAAACAGAUAUAUAGUUUCUAAUUCAAAUUUUAUUUCAAAUUUAAUAUCUAAAUUUCUGAUUACGACCUCUCUUUAACAUUUCUGCUUUUUUAAUUAUUAGAAAAGUUUUUAUCAUUUUAUGAUUGAUUAAAAAUGAGAUAAUUUUAUAAUAAAAUUUUGAACUAAGAAUGAAAAUUUCUUAAAGUAACCAAAGUUGUUACACAAUAAUAUAAUGUAAUAUAAGAUUUACUUUAAUUGUGGCCAUGUAAUAUAAUUAUGUGACUUCUAAACAUUCUUUUUAAAUUUAUGAAUAAUUAUUCGGGACUGCUAAGCAAAAGUGAAAAUAUUUGUUAAAACCUGCAUUUUACUUGAUAGGUUACCACCUAUUUUUAUACAGAGAAUUCCAAUUUGUUUAUGAUGUACGUGCUGAAGUAUUAAUUGUAAUAUGAAUUUAUUAUGAAUUAAUUGUAAUAUGAAUUAGUGAGCUUAUUUUAUUUUUUUUAUAAAUAUAAUAUACAUUUUUAAUUAUUAUUAAGAAACAUUUUCCCUCCCAAUUUUUAAAAAAUAUUUUUUUUUCAAAUAGUUUUUUUUUCAUUUUUUUUCUCCUUAAAUUUAUUCUCUAAUGCUAUUCUGUACUACAAAUGUGCCGGCAAACAACAUUUAUAAGUAUUAUGUUAUGUCAUAUCACUUUUAAAAUGUCUCAGAGCCCAAGUGUUGCAUUUUUAGAUACAAUUCUUAAAUUCCUGAUGACCCUCUCCAAAUGUCUGUCAUUUGUUGAUAAUGUUUGUUCAUGAGUUUUCAAAAUACUCAUGAUUUAUUUUUUAAAAAAAUAUACUCAUAUUUAUGUUUUAAUCUAAAGUGAAAAUACUAUGUUGGUAAAUUUUUUUUUCUGAUAUACCUGUUUCUCCAUUUUAAAACUCUGGUACUUGUUUAACUGUUCUGUACGUAUGUUUAACUGUUCAGUUAAUACAUUAGGGUUGUAAAUUAAGUUUAGAUAUCUAAAGUGAUAAAAUAUUUAACAUUUAUGAAAUUUUCUUUUUAACUUUCAGUUUUUUGUCCAAUUUGAAUUAAACUUUUUGUGCUAAUGCAUAUAUAUAUCUAUUCAAGUUUUCAUAUUCUUCUUGUAACCCUUAAACAGUUUUUUUUUCUCCCUUCAAAAAUAGAGCAAUUAAUCCUGAUUAUAGAAUUUACUUUUGUUAUGACCAAUUUUAUUUUUAGAUUUGUCUGCCAUUUUGAAAAAUUCUGGUCAGUACCAAAGAUGGUUGACAAAUAACAAAUUUAUUCCAGUGAAUCAAUUUAUUUUUAAUAAACAUUAUAUAUUACAGCAAAAACAUAUAAUGAAAAAAAAAACAA